AUGUCUAAUUGCUUGGUUGAAUUGGACGAUCAAGUGGACAAGUUCAUGGAAGUGAUAGGUGAACAGACCACUAAAACACAGAUUAUUGGUAUACAUGGUAUGGGUGGUGUCGGAAAGACGACUAUUGCCACAAUCAUCUAUAAUAAACUAUCGGGUGAUUUUUAUAACUGUUGCUUCCUGUCAAAUGUUCGAGAUACAAAAAUUGAGACUUUGCAAGAUCAGCUCAUCUCUAAAGUCCUACGAACAAGUUGCCUGUCCAUCACUAAUAGUAAUGAAGGAAUUACUGAGAUCAAGGAGAGGUUGUUCUCUAAAACGGUCUUACUUGUACUUGAUGAUGUCGACCAAAAGACUCAGCUGGAUGCUCUUGUGGGGGUGGAUGAAUGCCGGUUCGGCAGAGGAAGUAAGGUUAUUAUUACCACAAGAGACAAGGAACUUCUCAAAGGUGUUGAUUUUCAGCAUGAACUUAUCAAAAUGGAUUUUAAACAUUCUCUUAAACUAUUUAGCAGACAUGCCUUUAGAAGAGACAAUCCUCCAGUAGAAUACGUUCCCCUCUCCAAAAAAGCACUAAAAAUCUGCGAUGGUCUUCCUUUGGCUCUUAAAACUAUAGGUUCACUUUUAAAUGGAAAAGAGAGGAGAAUUUGGGAGAUCACGUUGAAGAAGCUAGAAACUAUUCCAGAUGGAAAUGUUAAAAUCCUUGAACAGAGGUCCUUAAUAAAGAUUGCAGAAGGUAACCGACUGUGGGUGCAUGAUCAACUAAGAGACCUUGGACGAGACAUCGUUCGUGAAAGAGCUAAUUUAAAACCGGAGAAGCAGAGUCGGGUGUGGAAUCAUGAGGAAGCAAUUGUUGUUCUUCAAAUAAAGGAGAGAACAAAAAAUGUUGAAGCAAUAUGUCUCACAUUUGAUCAUCAAUCUCAAUGCUUUUUAAAGAAUGAAUUUGCAAGUCUACCAAAUUUAAGGUUUCUUCAAGUGGAGUGUGGGGACUUGGAUAUGAACAACGUUCAACAUUUUUCUUUUACCAACUGGUUUGGAAGGAAUCUACCCACCCUUCCGAAUUUGAGAUGGCUCUCAUGGUCUAAAUUCAUUCAGUAUUUUCCUUCAACCAACUGGUUCCAGAGGAAUCUACCCAUCCUUCAAAAUUUGAAAUAUAUCUCAUGGCAUGAGUUUCCCAUCUUUUUCCAAUUCACCGCAUUUUCCCUCGUGAAGCUAGUGAUUCUUGAUCUAUCAAGGAGUAAAAUUACAGAUGAGUGGGAGGGAUGGAACCACCUCAAGAUGGCAAAGAAGUUGAAGGUUCUAAAUUUGACUAAAUGUAACUUGCGUAGAACUCCUGACUUUUCUGCUCAUGAAAAUUUAGAGCAAUUGAUUCUUCAAGAGUGCUACAAACUAGUUCAAGUUGAUAAAUCUAUUGGUAAGUUAAAGCAUUUAGUGUUAUUAAACUUGGAAGGUUGUGGGAAACUUCAGACAUUGCCAGACGAGAUGGAGGAACUUAAAGCCUUGACAGAACUUCGUGUUGGUUGGACAUCUAUUACAAAUAUUCCUGAAUGGAAAGGAAUUGAGAAAUUGGAAACCCUCGGUGCAACUUACUGUAAAUUACUGAGUGAAUGCAAUUUAGCUGGUUGCUCAACAUCACUAUUGUAUCUUGACUUGUCAGAAACAAGUAUUAGUGAACUUCCAUUUGGAAAUUUUGGGUCUCUCAUUGAGUUGAAUCUUUCUCGGUCAAGCUUACGAGAGUUACCUGAUUCAAUAAAGACGAUGAAGAAUUUGAGAGUACUAAGGAUGUCUCACACCCCCUUAGAAAAGCUACCCGGUGCCCUUGGGUUGUUGGAGAAGCUUGAAGCGAUCCAUGUUGAUGAUGAGAUGCCCAGAUCUCUCGAAUCUAUUAAAUUUGAGAGUUUUGACAUUGGAAUCAAGGUUCAAGGCCUCGAACAUUUGAAUAACCUGAAAGAGCUUCGUCUUAGUGGUCUUGUGUCACAAGCAAAGUUGCUUGACCUGACCAACUUGAAGAAGCUCCGAAGUGUUCAUAUAGAAAGUUGUCCUAAACUGGUUGAGGUUAGAGAGAAGUUGCCUGACUUGACCAACGCCAAGGAGCUCAAGGGUCUCGAGAUAAGGCAUUGUCCUCGUCUGGUUGAGAUUCAAAGUAGGCUAGAAUCAUUGAAAAACUUGAAAUAUGGGGCUGCGGGUCUCUGCGACAAUUUUCUGAUCCUUCAAGCUUCAAGGAGCUAG